AUGGAGCACAAAGAUUUCUCUGAGGCUCUGAACGAUCAAUCACCGGUUGAUGUCAAUGAUCUCUUCGACUACGAUGUUGGCCUGGACGAAUUAUUACAACAGCCUCCGCCGAGCUCAAGUGCUAAUGCGCCUAGGCCGUCUUUCACUCCCGAGGCUUCGGGAUUGAAGUUAGGGCUCGAUGAAGAGGUGAAGGUAACCAAGAAAAGGCAACCUGUGGCCAAACUAGACGACAAUCGGCUUUUGUCACAAGCCGGAAUCCCGAAACUACGUCGCACCGCGAAGCAUAGGUUGAAGUUCAAGGGAAAGGGACAUGAGUUCUCUGACGCAGCCCGCCUGCUGAACUUUUACCAGCUCUGGCUUGAUGACCUAUUUCCCCGAGCCAAAUUUGUUGAUGGCCUGGCUAUUAUAGAAAAACUCGGUCAUUCCAAACGCCUGCAGAACAUGCGCAAAGAAUGGAUAGAAGAGGAAAAGCCACGAAUGCAGGCAGAUGCCGAGCAAAUACCCGAGUCGCAUGAUUCACAUCAUCCUGGGAGAGACGAUCAGCAGCCUGGAAGCAACACUCACCACACAUCCCAUGAAACACAAGGAGGAACCGGAGACCACAUGCAUACACCACUUCCCCAACCAACAGACGAUCUCGAUCAACUAUUCAUGCCCUCUCACGACGAUGCCGAACACGUCCCUGGCCAAGAUACCCCCGAUGACGAUGAGCUAGAAGCGUUGUUGAAUGAACAUAAUAUAUAG